AUGCCUGUAAUACCUUCCUCAAAAUUGAUUACCCUGCAGUCAAACCCUCACAAUAUCCGAAAUAUCUGCAUAUUGGCCCACGUUGAUCAUGGCAAGACGUCUCUUACUGACUCCCUCAUCGCCACGAAUGGCAUCAUUGCGCCCAAGAUGGCCGGUAAGAUUCGAUACCUUGACUCACGGCCGGACGAGCAGCAAAGAGGAAUCACUAUGGAAAGCAGCGCCAUCAGUCUAUACUUCAGUAUGAUGAGGCGACAAGAGGGCACAGAGGCAAAGCAGGAGGAAUACCUGAUCAAUCUGAUUGAUAGCCCUGGCCAUAUCGACUUUUCCUCAGAAGUUAGUACAGCCAGCAGACUCUCAGAUGCUGCAGUUGUGCUCGUAGACGCCGUUGAGGGUGUAUGCUCACAGACAGUGACUGUACUGAGGCAGGUCUGGAUUGAAAAGCUGAAACCUUUGCUUGUGAUAAACAAGAUCGAUAGACUGGUCACCGAGCUGAAGAUGAGCCCCAGUGAAGCAUAUUCGCAUCUUGAAAGAGUGCUGGAAGGAGUCAAUGCGGUCAUUGGUGGCUUUUUCGCAGGUGAGCGAAUGGAAGAAGAUCUUUUGUGGAGGGAGAAGCAGGAAGAGAAGAGGCAGAACAAGGCGGCCAAUGGUGAUGCCAUUGACGCCGAAUUGGAACAGCAAUUUGAAGAAAGAGACGACGAAGACCUUUAUUUUGCGCCGGAGCGCAACAAUGUCAUCUUUGCCAGUGCCAUUGACGGCUGGGCUUUUACUGUGAGUCAAUUUGCAGGCAUUUACGAGAAAAAGUUGGGUAUCAAGAGAGCCCUGCUCAAGCAGGUCUUGUGGGGAGAUUUCUACUUUGACCCAAAGACAAAGAAAGUGCUUGGUCAGAAGCACCUGAAAGGUGGCCCAAACAGCGAGAGAGGUGAUCCUGAGCUUCUGGCUAAGGUCACCAAGUCCCUCAACAUCACUAUCCCAGCCCAUGUCGCUCGUUCUCGAGACUCCAAAGCAGUUCUACAGGCUGUCUUCUCUCAGUGGCUCCCUUUAUCUACUGCUCUGCUUGUAUCUGUGAUUGAGUACCUACCUAGUCCAGCAGAUGCACAAGCAAAGCGGAUACCAGAGAUUAUGGAGGACCUUAUUGGUGCAGAUCACAUUGACAAGCAGAUUUCAUCUGCAAUGCUGGAAUUUAAAGGAGGAAAGACAGAUCCGGUAGUGAUAUAUGUCAGCAAAAUGGUUGCCGUACCAGAAAGCGAACUGCCCACUAAGCGGCGCAAGCUGGGAGCGACUUUAACAGCAGAUGAAGCUCGAGAGUUGGCAAGGCGAAAACGAGCCGAGAUUGCAAAAGCUCAAGCAGAGGCGGAUGGAUCUAGCGACCUUGGAAGCGUCACUAACGGACUAAGAGCCACGAGCAUUGGGGAACAAGGUGAAGAGGAUACAGGACCCGAACAACCAGAAGACCCAGAACACUUGAUAGGGUUUGCCCGACUAUUCUCUGGUCAAUUGUCCGUUGGCGACGAAGUCUAUGUGUUGCCACCAAAAUUCAAUCCUGCUCAGCCCCAUGCUCAUCCCGAGCCAAAGAAGGUCAAAAUCUCUGCUCUUUACCUGCUUAUGGGUCGUGCACUAGAAGUACUAGAGACGGUCCAUGCCGGAACCAUAUUCGGCAUAGAAGGAUUAGAAGGACACGUGCUCAAAACAGGAACGUUGUGUUCGCAGCUUGAUGGUGGCAUCAAUCUCGCAGCAACCACGAGCACCAUCAGCCAACCUAUCGUGCGCGUCGCCCUGGAGCCAGUCAAUCCGCUUGACCUCAGCAAAAUGAUCAAGGGGUUGAAGCUACUAGAGCAAAGCGAUCCUUGUGCUGUAUACGAGCAGAUGCCCAGCGGUGAGCACGUCAUACUUACAGCUGGUGAGUUGCAUCUGGAAAGAUGUCUGAAAGACCUUCGAGAACGAUAUGCAAAGUGCGAUAUACAGCCGGGCGAGCCGAUCGUCCCAUAUAGAGAAACUAUUAUCAAAGCAGAGGAGAUGGAACCACCAAAAAGCAAAGACCUUCCUCGCGGCACGAGCAUCACAAUAACACCUUCAAAAACGUUAUCACUCCGCCUUCGAGUACGACCUCUACCACAAGAAGUGACAGAUUUCCUCCUCGAGAACGGCGCAUCACUGCGAAAACUGUAUGCAGAGAAGAAGGCUGCCGAAGAAAAUGCCCAAGCUGGAGCCGAAGAAGAGAAAGAAGGAUUCAGUGAAGAACGACAAGAAUCAGCAGAUCUAGGCAACGCAACCAACGAUCGAAAAAGCCUAUCCCUGCAAGAAUUUCGCAAACAACUCCAAGAUACCUUCGACACAGUCAAAGAUGACAAGGAAGUCUGGCGAAACAUCGUCUCUCACGUCGCAGCCUUCGGACCACGAAGAGUCGGACCAAACAUCCUAGUCGACGCCACAGGCACAGAUACAUGUAAACGAUUCCUCUCCCUCGAAAACGAGGAACAAAAUGAUGGAACAUCCGCGACUUCAGCAAGUCGCAUCUUCGCCGAUAAAGUCACCUAUGCCUUCCAGCUCGCCACCACUCAGGGCCCUCUGUGCCGCGAACCAAUGCAAGGCGUUGCUGUCUUCCUGGAGAAGAUUGACUAUACACCACAUUCCCAUCCCCACGAAUUCCCCUCCGAGGAAACAAACAACACAUCACCAGACGCCUCAGACAUAGGCCGCUUAACCGGCGAACUCAUAACCACCACCCGCGAAACAAUCCGCCACUCCUUCCUCGACUGGUCCCCCCGCAUCCUCCUCGCAACCUACACCUGCACCAUCCAAGCAACCCCCGACGUCCUCGGCCGCGUCUACAGCGUCCUAACCCGUCGCCGCGGCACCAUCCAGUCCGAGUCCCUGCUCGAAGGGACUCCGUACUUCACUAUUCUCGCUACAUUGCCUGUAGCGGAGUCGUUUGGGUUCAGCGAUGAGAUUCGGAAGCGGACGAGUGGGUUGGCGCAGCCGAUGUUGGUGUUUAGUGGGUUUCGGAGGCUGGAGGGGGCGGAUGAUGUUGAUCCGUUUUGGGUGCCGAGGACGGAGGAGGAAUUGGAGGAUUUGGGGGUUGUGGGGGAACGAGAGAACGUGGCGAAGCGAUAUGUUGAUUCUGUGAGGAGGAGAAAGGGGUUAUUGGUGAAAGGGUCGAGGGGGGUGGGGAGAGAUGCGGAAAAGCAGAAGACGUUGAAGAAGGAUUAA